ACAAUGUGUGUGUUGGAGGGUAGAGUAAAUGUAGUAGGCUGAGGUGUAUCAGUGUGUGAUUAUCUUGUGUUUAAAUGUGUGGGUGUGUGCUUUAUAUUCAGAUAUUGCAUAUUGUUGUUGGAUGUUUUAUAGUGUUAUGUGUGAACAUGCACAUUUGAUCAUCUAUAGAUCUAUAGAGAACAGUGUAAAACGGUACACUACCAUGCAUGUAAAGUUGUAUGGUUGUGUGCAGUGUUACAUAUUAGCAAACCCCAAAACUACCCCCACUGUACCCACCCACACCCCUCAGUAUUCUCCACCUCUUAGCCUCACUUUCUCAGAACCUGUCCUGCACUGAGAUCUUGGCGCACUGGAAGGAGAAGGAGACGGAAAGGAAGAGUGAGGAAACACACCCUGCAAGCAGAAUGACCAUGUAUGGCUGGCUUGUGCUGUUGCUGUGGGCAGGAUCUGUGGGUUUGGCCACACAACAACCAGACACCCAGACCUGGCUUUCCUACCUGCGCAGCCGGGCCUCCAAUCGUGUUUACGGCCGAUAUCCUGGCAACUACUACGCUUCCAAUUACGAAGAUGAUGAAGAUGAAUCUGCCGAGGUAUUGGACUGCCCACUGGAAUGCGACUGCCCCUCAGCUUACCCCUAUGCUAUGUACUGCCACAGUCGCAACCUCCGCCACGUUCCCUUUGUGCCCUCCCGCAUGAAGUAUGUAUACCUGCAGAACAAUCAAAUCACUGGCAUCACUGACGGAGUCUUUGACAAUGCCACCGGACUCGUCUGGAUCAUCCUCCACAUGAAUCAGCUCAAAUCUGACAAGAUCAGCAACAAGGUCUUCUCCAAACUGCCUAAACUGGAACGCCUAUUUCUGUACCACAACAAGCUGGAUCGCAUCCCACAAGGUCUUCCACGGUCCCUUCGAGACCUGCGCAUCAACCACAACGACAUUUCAUCCAUACCAGCAGACACCUUGCGUGGGAUGGUCAACUUGACUGCGUUACGUCUCCAGUCAAAUGCCAUCAAAGACACUAAUGGUGCUUUGGAAUCGUUGCAGUCUCUGACCUAUCUGGACCUGCGUGGGAACCUGUUGACCAAGAUCCCAGAUCGUUUGCCACCAAAGCUGAACCAACUGUACCUUGAGUACAACCGAAUCUCUGCCAUCCCCGCGGAUUUCCUGCGCAACAGACCCGAGCUGCGCUUUGUGCGACUCUCACACAACGAGAUUACAGACAAAGGAAUCCCACCCAAUGCCUUCAACGUGACUAACCUGAUGGAGCUGGACCUGUCUUACAACAAGCUGGAGAAGAUCCCCACCAUCAACACCAACCUCAUGAACCUCUACCUCCAGGCUAACCACAUUAAAGAGUUUUCGAUCAGCAGUUUCUGUAGGGUGGUGGACAUGGCCAACUACUCGAACCUGCGUGUUCUACGACUGGAAGCCAAUGAGAUCAGGGCCCAUGACGUGCCACCUGAGGCUUUACUCUGCCUGCGCAUGGCCACAAACAUCAACCUGUAGCCAAAGAACAUGAUUUCAUGCCAACAGCAGCAAAUAUCGGGUAUUUGUAAAUGUACAGACCAGAGGCAUUGACCCAAUAACUUACAGGCUUUUUAAUCGGGCAGUUAUGUUACAGCAUCAAAAAAGAGCAAUAAGUUUACAAGCUUUAAACCUCAAUAAACUAAUGUGCAGAAAGAACCACCUUCUCCAAAAGUUUGAAUGAGGAAAUGGAAACAUAAAUGCUUAAAAAAAACUUGCAACAAACCUGCAGUAAAAGAAAUCCUUAAAUAAAUCAAUAAAUAACUACUGUACUACUAGUAUCUACUACGGUAGGACAAUAAAGCUAAUGUUUACUGGGAUUUUGGGUAUGCUAGGUUCUGGCUUUAAAAUGUAUUUUUACAUAUUAUCCUAGGGCUGUGUAUUGGUAGAACCUGGCAAUGUGAUGCAUCACAAUACAGGGGUUACACUUUGAUGUACUGCAAUCCUGUAAGAAAGAUGGUUUAUUGCGAUAUAUUUUUGAUCAAAUUAAGGAAAAGUGCUAUAGUUAUAGCUAUUAGUAGUUUAAAACAACAAAGUCAACCACUUUCACAGCUGCCAAUCUUUGUGUAAAUAAAUAAAACUUAGUACUGUGCUUUUGAGAAUAUUGUUUUUUUUUAUAAACACUCCUACUGCCACUUGCAAGAUGUAUUGGUUAACACUAUACAUUUACUAUGUAAAUCAGGGAGAAAUAAAAUCCCCAUAUAGCCUCUAGAACAAGCAUUUAAACGCAGCACAAUGUCAUCUAGUUGACAUGAUCAAUUUUCAACUGUGCUGACCACACCAAAUAUAUUUUCAAAAUAUGUGCAUGCCACACUGUACAGAAGUGUAUGUUAAAGCACCAGAGGACAUGGCAAAAUAGAAUACUAUGCAUGAAGAUGAAUGGUGUGAAUAUGUACAUGUAAUGUGUGUUCUACUAAAGCUAUAAAAUUAGUAAAGGUAAAGUUAGUGAAAAAGUAUAUCUAAAUCAUUUUUUUUAUUCUUCUUGAAAAAUUUACUUAAACAAGAGUAAAAGUUGUUGAUUUUAAACACUUAACAUUAAGUAACUUAACAUUUAGCUAACCCCUUUGACAGACAUGAGAAACAAAUCUAGCUCUGUAACAUUAUACAGUAGUCACAAAAAAAUAUUUUAAAAAAUCUAUAAUUUUAAACUACCAAUUUAUUCAAAAUAGCUACAGUCUUAAAUGUAAUGUAUUCACUGGUCUAUACUUUUCUUUUUACUGUUUGAAUCUGAGAUAUAUGAGCUUCAACUGCUCAUAAGACUACUUCCAAAUUUGAAUGGUGGACUUUAUUCCCAUCAUAGCUAUGACAAAUUUUCUGUAUAAUUUUUACAACAAACCACUUUGAAUGACUUUGUUUACAUGUUAAUGACAUUACAAGGUGCAAUAAGGUAAACAUUGGGGCUACAUAAACUUAAGCUAGCUUUUGUAUCAGUUCUAAUUCUUUAACUUUUGUUUCUAUGCAGUUUGUGUAUGUAAUGUUUGUUGUUCAAUUUAAUAAAUAAUUGACCAACUUUAAAAUCA